GCUCACUCGACCACACGAUCCACACAAAGUUUGGUCUCUCCGCGGCGCCAACUUUGCUUUCACGAACUUUACUCGGUGUCGGCGCCAAUGCCGGAUUAAGCCCAUUAGGUUGAGUUUAUUCGGCCGGAGAGCGCAGGCACGAUGACCGCAUUUUGCAGCAGAUCCGACUGAUCUGAGGGGUGAGAUCAGUUUUCUGCAGGGCUGCAGUGUUUGCACUGUGACCUGUGGGUUUGGACACAGAUAGUGAAGAGGACGCAGGCACUCCACGACCAUGGAUAUCGGCAAUGAUGUGGAUCUGUCCAAUAAGAACAUCACCCCGUUGUGGAAACGGCGCACGGACAAAACACCCCAGGACUCGAGCAAACCAAGACCACGACCCUUCAGCUACCACAUAAAUGGGGUCAUGAGGACGGAGCUCCCCGUGGAGGACAACAGGUCUUCGUUCACCUUGAGCCAGCCUGCUGAGAGACUGGUGGUCACACCCCCGUGUUGGGGCAAGAACACUGUGGUGUUGAAGCACGUUCUGCACAAACCCUCCAGGAAAUCCAGAGUCGUCCGAAGCAUCAGCAUCGGACACCUCUCCAACGGACUCUUCUCAUUGGCAAAAUUUCGGUCUGAGGAAAGCAGAUCGGCCUCGCUGGACAAUAGAGUGUGUAACGGAGACUGCGAGAGGGAGAAAAGCAGCAAUGGAGGGACAGUCUGGUCUGAGAAGCAUCUCCAGGACCCUCAGAAACGCGUGUCCAGUCCGUUCAGUUUGAGCUCGCAGAAAGACCAGAGUUCACCCUCGACUGAAGCUGUUCCUCUGAACCGCUCCUCUCCCGUCCUGCCUCCACGAACUCCCAACAACAACAGGUAUAACCACAAUGAACUGUCCUUACUUUCAUGCACAUCCAGCCCCUCUCCUCCAGCCCGGCGUACCCCCACCCCCACCCCCUCCCACAGCUCAACCUCCAGCAUCCCCUCCCUCUCUUCCCUCACCUCCUCAGACCCCCCGACCCCACGCUCCCCGUCGCCAGCAGAGAGAGGACAGGCCCUCCUCAGACAGUCCUCAUCCUCGCCCGCCUCCUCACGGGACACCAGGCAUGCCUCCUCCUCUUCUUCCAUCUCCUCCACCUCGCCCUCUCCUUCCCUUUCUCCAUCUGUCUCCCCUUCCAUCGUCCUCAGCACCCACAGCCCUGCUGCCCUGAAGAUGGGCACCCAGCAGCUCAUUCCUAAGGGUUUAGCAUCCGAUGUUCGCCAGAACAAGGCGCCUCCCUCUGGGCAGCAAGGCCCAGGUUUAGUGGGGCUGCUUGGGUUGGAUCAUUCCAAGAGAGCGUUGAAAGCCCUCAGCAUGGUGGAAACAGGAACCUACUUUUCUACCGGACGCAAUGAGGGGACAGAUGGAGACAGUGAGAGCCCGGGGGCACUAAGACGAGGCCUGAGGAGUACGUCCUACAGGAGGGCCGUGGUGAGUGGAGUAGACUUAGAGGUCCCGUCAGUGGAUCCAAAGGCCCUUCAGUUGUCCCAGCCUGUCAUCAAAGGGUUAGAUGGGGGUAAUCCAGCUUCACCAGUCAGCCCAGCAAGUCCUGGCAGUGUAAGCCUCAUGAGCCCUGGAACAGCCAAGCCUGCGAGUCCCGGGACACCCAAAUGUGCCAGCCCUGGGAUUUCAAAGCCUUCUAGCCCUGGGACAGAAAUGCCAACCAGCAGUGGGAAAAUCAAGAGUCCGGAUAAGAAGAAAGUUUUGACCCCGCAGCGGACGUUUGACAGUGAGGAGGAGGAGCUGUACCAGAACUACCAGGAGAAGGCCUUACAUAAUGACUCUGACGAGGACGCCGAUUCCAGAGAGCCCAAACCUGAUACCGGCAUCGUGGUGCAGUACCGGCCUAUACGUACCUCCUGGAGCCAGCUCAGUGUGGUAAAGAAAAGUGGUCUGUCUGACCGGAUGAGUCAGGAGGAACGCAAAAGACAAGAGGCCAUUUUUGAGGUGAUCUCGUCGGAGCACUCGUACUUGCACAGUCUGGAGAUCCUGAUCCGCAUGUUCAAGAACUCUGCAGAGCUCAGCGAGGCCAUGACCAAGACUGAACACCACCACCUCUUCUCCAACAUCGCCGACGUCUGUGAGGCCAGCAAAAAGUUCUUUAAGGAAUUGGAGGAAAGACACCAACAGAGCAUAGUGAUCGAUGACAUCAGCGACAUCGUUUGCAAGCAUGCUCAGUCUAACUUUGACCCCUACGUCACAUACUGCUCCAAUGAGGUCUACCAGCAGAGAACCCUGCAGAGGCUGGUGUCCAAGAAUCCAGUUUUUAAGGAGGUGCUGACCAGGAUAGAGGGCCACCCAGACUGCAGGAACCUCCCCAUGAUCUCCUUCCUCAUCCUGCCCAUGCAGAGGAUCACUCGCCUGCCCCUGCUCAUGGACACAAUUUGUCAGAAGAUACCGAAAGACUCUGCACAAUAUGAAGAGUGUAAGAAGGCUUUACAAGAAGUCAGCAAGGUGGUAAGAAAGUGUAAUGAAGGAGCUCGCACAAUGGAGCGAACAGAAAUGAUGUACACCAUCAACUCUCAGCUGGAGUUCAAGAUCAAGCCUUUCCCGCUGGUCUCGUCCUCCAGGUGGAUGGUAAAGAGAGGUGAGCUGACCGCGUUUGUGGAGGACAACAGCUUCUUCAAGCGGACGUCACGGCAACAGGUCUAUUUCUUCCUCUUCAACGACGUCUUCAUCGUCACCAGGAAGAAGAGUGAGGAGAGCUACGCCGUGAUAGACUACGCUCUCAGGGACCAGAUCUGGGUGGGCUCCUGCCAGCCCGAGGACCUCAACCUGUCACCGGUCAGAAGCACCGCCAGCAUGCUGAGCUCGAGGCAGGCCGGCGCCAACCACCUUUUCCGCCUGCGUUUCCGCAGCAACCACUCCGGCGAAAAGGUUCCGAUGAUCCUGGGGACGGAGUUGCUGAACGAGCGCGCUCGAUGGAUCAGUGCUCUGGGCCAGAAUGUCAACAACAAGAGGUGUCAGGACAGAACCAACGUCAUGCAGGUGGAGGUGAUUAGAACUUAUACAGCCAAGCAGCCAGACGAGUUGUCCCUGCAGGUGGCUGAUGUGGUGCUGGUCUCGCAGACUGUAGAUGACGGCUGGUAUGAAGGUGAGCGUCUGCGCGACGGAGAGAGGGGGUGGUUCCUCGCCGAGUGUGCCGAACCAAUCACGUGCCAGGCCACCAUCGAGCGCAACAUGCAGAGGAUGGACCGCCUGCAGGGGUUGGAGACUAAUGUGUGAGCAGGGCAAGCUACUUAAACCACAGGGGGCUUUUCUCAGCUGUUAAAGAGACCCUUUGACACGUCAUUGACCCUGACAAAUGAGUUCAGUGACCUGCCUACAGGGACCACGUGGGACCAGUAUGGGAGAUGCCUGGCUGCUGGACUCUACAGUGGGAUAAAGUUGAAGACUUGUGGCUCAGCGUCCACUAAAUAUCAGGCAAACUGUCCAAGUUUCAAAGCAAAGACUGUGCAGAACAAACAGUGGAAGAACAGAGAUUUCCUUAAUUACCGACGGGCCCCUGUGUGGGCGGGAUGGCUCGGCAGUGGGAUCUGUCACAUUCAUUAAUUCCCCGGUCGGUUAGAAAACUUCACACCCACUGCCAGAGUCCCUGCUUUCAACACCCUGCUAUAUAACAACUGCUGGUGUGAAAUUUGUAACAUUGUUUUAUUUUUUCAAACAUAUUUUUUGAGCGUAAGUGACGUGCAAUGUAAUAAUUAAGACUACAGUACCGCUGUAGCAGGUAAAGUAGACCAAGAAGUGUGAAAAUGACUGCAGCCUGAUGUGUGCUUUGUUAAUGAGGCCCGGGCCACGUGAUUGGGAGCUUUGCCAGUAACAGUAGCUAUGAAGAUGCUGAUUUUAAAGGGUGGGAUUGGCAGCUUCUUUACAGCGUGUGGGUUAGUCUGGAAACUCAUGCAAGUAGCAUUUGGUGACAAGUGAAACUAUUAUGAUAUUUACAAGAAAAAAACAAUAGAGCUGCAAAAGAAGAAAAAAAAUAAUGCUAUGUGUGUGAAGCCUGUUGCACUUUGUGUAAAUAGUAAGUCAUGAUGAAUUGGAUAAUAUAAAGAAUUGUAGUCACCUGGGAGGUAUAAUCUCAUAUGUCAUCCACAGCCUAAGCAGAAGGGCUAAGUGUCUAUUCUGUAUCUUGUUAUUUGUCACCAGUUAUUGUCAACACCAUGAAUCAGACCCUACAUUGGCGGCACAAAUGCCAUUUUUCUCUCUAUCCACUCAAUGAUUUGGACAGGCUGAAAUAUCAAACACACUUGAUGCCAGCCAGAGGUGUAUACAUAAAUAUCCCCCCCUCAGGAUUUAUAUCUGUGAUGUUACAGAGGCAAGCUGAAAUUAAUUUGUGUGCGCUGCUGACGGUGAGACCCGGAGGGAGGAGCGGCCCUGCUUUUAAUGUGAUUGUCCGGUGUGAGUCAUCUUUUUUUAGUGUUGCCAUGCCCAGCCAAAGGAAACAAAUGGCUCGGUCAGAGUGCGGUGAUAACACCAUCUAUCAAGCCCGCCGCUCCGGCCCAGACGACGACCACAACUGUUGAGCUACACGAAGCGAGGUAUGACGGCAGCGGACGGAGCACCCAGCGGGAAGGGGCAUGACUAUCCGGGCUCUCGAGAAAGAGCGGACGAAGCUUUGCAUUUGCACUCAGGGAAAAUUAGCUAUGUGAUACCACACGUCGAAGCAUGAACUGAUCUUCUUUCAAUCACUUCCUGGACUUGUAACUAUUGUAAAUCAUCUGUGUACAUGUAAAUAUGUAAAACAGCCUGAAUUGUAACAUGUAUCUUUUCCAAAAUACAGAUUUAUAUUGCAGAAACUUGCUUAAGUCAACCUUUAUAUAUUUUAAUCAGUCACUAUAAAUAAAAGGUUAAUUGUC